AAAAAACAUGCAGAGUCGUGUUUCAAUUGAUAAAGCGAUAAUAAAAACCAACUUGACGAAGCUUUUUCAGAACGAGGACAAACCCGUUAAGGCGCGUGGAUUCUCAGCCGUCUGUUUCGUAACUGUAGGCUCCACGCGCCUCUCGGUAAUUUUCGCAGGUGGUUGUCUUGUCUUUUGAUGAUAUGAACGAAGAAAAUAUCUCUAAAUUUUUGAACAAAAAAGUGAGAAAUUAAGGAAAUUAAAAUAAUAAAAUUAUCCUUUCGGUGGAUUUUUUUUUGGAAAUUUUGUCGUCUUCUAUUGUUUUUGUGAGUGUGUGUGUGUUUAUAUAAUGGUAAGAGAUCUCUGAUCUCUCAAGUUUCUCUAUAGAGUUUCGUCUCCUGCUCUUUCCACCAAGGAGGAGAUUUUCUCGUUAAUUUUGAUAGACUUGCCUCUUCGAAACAAGCUAAUUCUGUGGUCUGAAUCGUUUCAAGGAAAGAGAAGAUAAGCUAAACAAGAGAAUGGUGACUGGUUGUUUGGAUCUUCAUCAAUCCUUCAAAUCUGCGGAUUCAUCUUCUGUGCCAAUUCCUCCACCUCUUCCAUCAAAAUCUGAUGGACACAAGAAAAGACUCGGGCCUAGCUGUGUUUCGACAGCCACAAGAGAUAUGUGUGAUCGUCUUUUCAAUGAUGGAUACAAAGCUGAUGUAGUGAUCUAUACAGAUAAUGGCAGCAUCAUCUAUGCUCAUGCCAACAUCAUUGGAACUGCUUCCACUGUGAUCAAAGGCAUGUUGAAGCAAGCCAAGAGACAUGGCAAGUGGCAUACAAUCUCAAUCCGCGGUGUCCCUCACGAUGCUGUGCGAGUUUUUAUCCGUUUCCUCUACUCUUCUUGCUAUGUGAAAGAAGAAAUGAACGAGUUUAUCAUGCAUUUGCUACUUCUGUCGCACGCGUAUGUGGUUCCUCAGCUGAAACGGGUCUGUGAAUGGCAUCUAGAACAUGGUUUGCUUACCACUGAGAAUGUGAUUGAUGUGUUCCAGCUUGCGCUGCUGUGUGAUUUCCCUCGGCUGAGCCUCAUAUCUCACCGUAUGAUCAUGAAACACUUUAAGGAGCUUUCCGCGACCGAAGCAUGGACAGCUAUGAAGAAAAGCCAUCCCUUUCUUGAGAAAGAAGUUAGAGACUCAGUGAUCAUCGAAGCAAAUACGCGGAAAGAGAGGAUCAGAAAACGCAAUGAUCAGAGGAUAUAUUCGCAGCUAUACGAAGCAAUGGAAGCUCUUGUUCAUAUAUGCAGAGACGGAUGUAAAACAAUAGGACCACAUGAUAAAGAUUUAAAACCGGACCACGCACCGUGUAACUAUGAAGCUUGCAAGGGAUUAGAAUCACUGAUCCGGCAUUUCGCAGGCUGUAAGCUUAGAGUUCCAGGAGGUUGCGUGCAUUGCAAGAGAAUGUGGCAACUCCUUGAAUUGCAUUCACGUGUUUGCGCAGAUUCUGAUCAAUGUCGAGUCCCUCUAUGCAGAAACUUUAAGGAGAAGAUGGAGAAACAGAGCAAGAAAGAUGAAUCGAGAUGGAAACUUCUGGUGAAGAAUGUAUUGGGGAGUAAGAAAGUCGGAGGCUCUCCUUUUUUUUUACCGGUGACAAGCUGUUAAAAAACGUGGUCUCAAGAUUUCACCAUUUUGUCAAUCUCAAGAAGGGCGAGUUUUAAGCGUUUCUUGUGAUCCUAUCUUAAAAACAAGUGUAACAUAAUGAAUUUGAAUAAAUGACACAUAUUUUGGUCGGCCAAGA